UCCUGACAUAGCAGCAGGCUCUUGCGCAGUCCGGCUUCCCUGGCUCUCAUUACAGCUGGAGGAGGCAGGCACUGUGCUCAGUUGCCUUCCUUCCAGCAGGGGCAGAGAGGCAGGCGCUUUGCGAGGCCAGGCUGUUGCAUGCACACACAUUCACUCACUCACUCACUCGCCGAAGCGCCAACACGUUGCGAGCAGGAGAGGAGUUGAACCCUCGUUUUCCUUCGCGCUCCCAAAGCCGGAGAGAGGAGCCGAGUGGCGGCUUCUGGGGACCUCAACCGUGCCGGCAGGACGAGGCCAUUUGGGCUGCUAUGGUCCGGAUCAUUUGGCUGGACAGUGGCUACUAGAUCUUGGGGAUCGUGUUUUCAGUACCUUUGGAAAGUAGCUGGUUAGUUGUCAACCAGUUAGUUGAGAAUGCGGACAGCUGAGGAUUCCUCCGGGACUGUCCUUCACCGCCUCAUCCAGGAGCAGUUGAGGUAUGGCAACCUUACUGAGAACCGUACACUCCUGGCAAUACAGCAGCAGGCCCUGCGUGGAGGAGGGAGCAGCAGCAGCCCACGGUCUUCCCUUGAGAGUCUCACCCAGGAAGAGAGCCAGAUGGUGCAGCAAUCCACUCGGCAGGAGCCUCAAGGCCAGGAGCACCACGUUGACCACCUCUACCUGGAGAAUAACAUGUAUCGGCUCUACCCAUCUCAGCACAAGGGAGAGGAGCUCCCCACCUACGAGGAGGCCAAAGCUCAUUCCCAGUAUUAUGCCUCGCAACGAGGACAGCAGGCUGGGGCGGCCUUGUCUGGAGCACAUGGCGAAGGAGGGCAGCGCAGGGCCUGUGCCUCUGACGCCAGCAGCAAGCACCAGGACGAGUCUCUGAAAGAGCUGAAACAUGGACACGUGCGGUCACUCAGUGAGCGGCUCCUGCAGCUGUCGCUUGAGAGGAACGGGGCCAAAUCUCAGAACCACAUGAGCUCCUCUCACAGCUAUCCUCAGCUUUCUAGGCACUACCAGCUGUCUAUCUCUAGAGGAAAGUCUUCGGAUGAGGUGGAGCCCCGUGGCCCCCCUCCAGAAUAUCCCUACAUCAUCCCUUCACAGGAUGCUUCGGGCGGUUACCUGCCAGACCCCAGGCACCACUACAGAGAAGACCCAGGAUUUCAGCAUCCUGAAUUCAGAAUGAUGCAGGCACAGAUGUCCCAAACUUUCCUGCCACCACAGGCUGCCAUGUGCCAUAGUCCCCUGGGAUCACUCACUCCAGCUGGGAUGGAGGCCUUGAUGUCUGCUCAGGCUGCUUCCACUAGUAGCCAUUUGUCCCAGAUGGAAGCCGUGUUGAUGGAGAAUGAGAAAUUGCUGAGAGAGAAUGAGAAGCUUCAGCGGGAAAACGAGAUGUUGCGACGGGAACUGGAAAGCUACGGUGAAAAAGCCAGUCGAAUCCAAAAGUUGGAAACUGAGAUUCAGCGAAUUUCAGAGGAUUAUGAAAACCUAAUGAAAGCAUCUUCUAAGCGAGAGACACUGGAGAAGGCCAUGAGGAAUAAGAAGGAUGGGGAAAUGCGACGGUUGCAGGACUUCAACCGGGAUCUGAAAGAACGCCUGGAGUCUGCAAACAAGCAGCUGGCCAGACGGGCACAGGAAAACCAAGAAGGAAAUCAAGGGACUAUGGCAAAACUUAUUGCCCAAAACUAUGAGCACCAGCAAGAAAGGGAGAAGCUGGAGAGGGAUGUUGCACGACUGCAUAGUGCCAACGAAGAUCAACGCCGGCGGGCAGAGCUGUUGGAACAGGCCCUGAGCAGUGCUCAAGUCCGGACCGCCAAAGCCGAGGAUGAGUUGCGGAAGAAGCGGGCGUAUGUGGAGAAAGUGGAGAGGCUGCAGCAGGCACUGGGCCAGCUCCAGACAGCCUGUGAGAAGCGAGAGCAGCUGGAACUGCGCCUCCGUACACGCCUAGAGCAGGAGCUGAAGAUGCUGCGGGCUCAGCAGAGACAAAUGGGAGCACCUAAUGGAGGAUCUCCUGAGCUGAAUGCCCACAUGCUAUCUGAACAGCUGCGAGAGAAGGAAGAGAAGAUCCUAGCCCUGGAGGCUGAUAUGACCAAGUGGGAGCAAAAGUACCUAGAAGAGUGCACCAUGAGGCAGUUUGCCAUGGACGCUGCUGCCACUGCUGCUGCACAGCGAGACACCACCAUCAUCAACCACUCUCCCCGCCACUCCCCCAACAGCAGCUUUGACGAGGACCUCUUGCUGGCAAAUCACAAGCACCAGGAGAUGGAGAACAGGUUAAAAGUACUUCAUGCUCAAAUACUCGAGAAGGAUGCUGUCAUCAAAGUUUUGCAGCAGCGCUCUCGCAAGGACCCCAGCAAGGCACUUCAGGGCUCCCUGCGGCCUGCCAAAUCUGUGCCAUCCAUCUUCGCAGCCUUUGGCACCCAGUAUUGGCCAGGUGCCUCAGCCAGUGAAAGUGGUUCCCAAGGGAGUCCAGCACCGAAGGCUUCAGCAGAAACGACCGUCCCAUCAGUUUGUGGCCCUCUUCCUUUCCAUGCCAAACAUGGCAGCAAAGAUGGGAGUACGCAGACAGAUGGCUCAUCUGAGAGUACUCAGUCUGAUGAGCCUGAGCCCCAUCUUGAAAACAGCAGUGGCGCAGCAAAUUCACUAGAGACGUUGCCAGCUGCUAAAGCCUUGGACCUGUCAGAGAUGGUGGAGAUUCUCAUCUGAGGAACAGGGAGGCCUCCAUGAACGUGACCGGACCGAGCUGCUCCUCUCUGCCCUAGCAGACUGCAGCCUUAUCAGGGGGACAGAAACUGACUGCUAGAGCCCAGACUGAGGAACCCUUCAGCCAUUAGGAUGGCCUGUGGUGGCUAGGCAAAAGACUCCGCAAGAGGGACUGGGCUGGAGGAGCACAUGAAGCAGACCAGCUGUUGCAUUUUGGGAUGAAAAGCUACAAGAGCAGCACAACUCGGCUGGGGCUGGGGGUGUCCCCUGGUGCCCAGACAGACAUCUCCUCUCCAAUGGACUGAGCCAGAGCUGGAGCACAGUGUGUUGAGCUGAUGCUUGUACAGAGACAACUGCUCCAUGUUUUCUUUGCCACUGACUCUCCUGAGAGAUGGAAAGACAAACUGGGAUGCUAAGUGGGACCUUUGUGCUGCCUGGAUGUGACCCAAUAGAGGGUGACAUGCUGGACUUUGGCACUGAAAGAGGUGGCAUCCUGAUUCACUGGGCUCCUGGCAGGUACCUGGACCUGAAGUGUAAGCUAUCAUAAGCCUAGAGUGUCUCUCUGGUGCUGGUGUGGCUAGAAUUCGUUCCGCAGACCCUAUUCUCUUCCCCUGCCCCCCCUCCCCGCCCCGCACAGUCCACCCUUUGCCUCCCAAGCAGAGGGCAGCUGCAGAUACUGGGGACUGCAAGCAGUCUCUUACCUUUGGCUGGGGAAUAGCACAUGGUUACUGGGGUUGGGGGAUUAAGGGGAUGGUCCCAUUUUUGUUGUAAAUAUCUUCUAGAAGAAAAAGCACAACAGAAAUCAACAUUUCAGCCACAAUCCCUCUAAUUUGGCUCUUCCUGUCCCUUUCUGCUAUUUGCAAUGGUUCUGCCUGAGCUUUCUGUUUGGUCCCCACCACUUUUGUGUGUGUGUGUGUGUGUGUGUCUUGUUUUCGGAUUGCUCUAGUGUUUGCUUUUUCUUUUCCUCCAUUUCAUAUCCUGUUUGUCCAGAGUUAAAUAUCCGCCUUCAGAGUCCUUCAGAUUCCAUUUCCCUUGAAGCAAUUUCCCAUGAUGCUUCAGAUUGGAAUUUCCCUGCUCUUUGUUUGAAUACAGCCACAAGCCAAGUGCUUUCUGCUUGUGUGCUGCCGUUAUCAAACUGCAGCCUUUUAAACUGGAUGCAUCCUCAGGUGGUGGGAGAUCAGAACAGCUGUAUUGGGACAAAUGGCCCUGAUUCCUGGCUAGGGUAAAAUGGGGGUCAUUUCAUCAGUGGAAAGUAUCAUCUGGUCCGAGGCAAGAUCAUGACUUGGCCUCUGGGUGACAGGAACGAGGAUUAUUCACACAAGCAAUGCUUGAAAAAAGUGAACCUGAACUACUUCAAGAGAGUGGAGGAGGAGAGAUGAUGCAGUAUGUGUGUGGGGGUUUGUGUUGAGCUGGUAUGUUUGUGAAGAGGGGAGCGUGGCCAAUACUGAGUAGUAUAUUUCUAAAGAAAUAAGGGGCAUUUCUGGGAAUGAUGCGAGUGAAUAUGGAGAUGCACAAGAAGUUUAAAUCCUAAAUGUAACUCUUUUUUAAAUUUCUUGAUGAAUAUUGAUUAUGCAUACACACCCUUUUCUCUUUCCCCCCUCUGGAAUCACUCCAGAACAUGCUGUCUUGAUCACAUAAAGGCCUUUUACACACUCCCCGUCUACUGACAGCUGGCUUCUGACAGUAGCCAACUCAGAUGUGAAUACAUUACUCACUCCACCAAACAAUGGUGCUUUUUUGACUCUUCAUUCACACACUUUCAUGCCCCCCAACCCCCUGUUUGUGUUAAACAGGUGCGUUUGCUGGACAACUGCAUUUUUUAAAAAACCCCUCCAUAAAUAUGUAAAAAGGUGUUCAGUUAUCGUGCAUUGUUUACAAAGUGAAAAAGCAAAAAAGUUAUGAAAGAGAGAGUGAGAAACACAGCUUAAUAUAUUUCGUAUUAAUAUUGAUAUCCCUUUAAGUAUUUUUUUUGUGUGUGCUGUGAACUUUUUUUUCUGCCAAAGACAAUGAGGGGUGUUGUUGUUUUGGAUGCAUUUUAAGUUAUCUUAAGUAUUUAAAUGUAAACCUGGCUGUUUUAUUAUGCCGCUUUAUACCGAGAUUGCUGUAGCAUUCCACUUGGUAUAACAAUAUUUUAAUAAUAAAAAAAUAUUGUCUAAUAA